GUGACGUUGGACAGGGAUCUGCAGGCAGGUGCUGUUGCCUCGCGCCACUGCCGCCGCCGCCGCCGCCGCCGCUGCUGCAUUAGCUGGGAGACCAGAAGCGCGUUCACGGGAUGGCUUCUGCAACAGACCCUCGCUAUGGCCAGAAGGAAUCCUCAGACCAGAACUUUGACUACAUGUUCAAGAUCCUGAUCAUUGGCAAUAGCAGUGUUGGGAAGACUUCCUUCCUCUUCCGGUACGCCGAUGACUCCUUCACUCCGGCUUUUGUCAGCACCGUUGGCAUCGACUUCAAAGUGAAAACCAUCUAUCGCAAUGACAAGCGCAUUAAACUGCAGAUCUGGGAUACAGCAGGGCAGGAACGAUACCGGACUAUCACCACUGCCUAUUAUCGAGGGGCAAUGGGUUUCAUUUUGAUGUAUGACAUCACCAAUGAAGAGUCCUUCAAUGCUGUCCAAGAUUGGUCAACUCAGAUCAAAACCUACUCGUGGGAUAAUGCCCAGGUGCUGUUGGUGGGCAACAAGUGUGACAUGGAAGAUGAGAGGGUUGUGUCAUCAGAGCGAGGACGUCAGCUUGCUGAGCACUUGGGAUUUGAGUUCUUCGAGGCCAGCGCGAAGGACAACAUUAACGUGAAGCAAACCUUUGAACGUUUGGUCGACAUCAUUUGCGAAAAGAUGUCCGAGUCACUGGAUGCAGCUGAUCCAGCUGUGACCGGUGCCAAGCCGGGCCCACAACUGACCGAUCAACAAGCUCCCCCCCACCAGGAUUGUGCCUGUUAAAAGACUUUGGUGUGGAUGCCCUGACUUUACCUGUCCCACCCACCUUGCCUGCCUCAUGUCUUGCAGUAACCAGAGCCCCUAGAUUCUUGACAGUUUGUGCUCUCUGUCUUCCCUACCGCCACCAACACACACACACACAUACCAUUUAGCUAUCCCAUUGCUUAUCCUUUUCGGGUGGGUGGUCGAGACUCAAACCCAGAGCUUCUCCACCUCUCUGUGUGGGCCUUUGAAUGCUUCAAAAGUUACUCCCUUUAAUCGUUGGGUGGAUAGAAGCUCUAUCUUCCUGUAACGCGCCCCCCUUCCCCUCCACGGGAUCCAAGUUGAUGAGCUUGAAAAAAAGGGGCGGGGGCAACGCCGGAACUUUUAACUGUUCUUAGCGGGGUUUUAUUUAUUUAUAUAUUUAUAAUGUUUCCAUUGACACCUUUGAACAUCCUUCCCCCCCUCUCCCUGCUUCGUAAGCGCCAUGCACUGCAUUUUUCUGCACUCGGUAUGGACAAAAAUAGACAACAUCCCGAGAUUCAAAGGGGAUCUGGCUGUGUCUUCACAGGAAGGAAAUAUAUAUCUGUCAGAAGCAUCUGUCUCUUUCCUCCUGACCACUGAUCAUGGGCUGUAGAGAGAAAAUAAUAAUAUUGUUCAGGCAAACUGAGCUAUCUGGGAACUAUCCCAUUACCAGGUCUGAAUUGGGCUCGGUUUUUGUAAUGCUGCGAAGUGAGGUUAAUUAACCGCAAUGCUCCCUCCAGUUCAUGCCUGCUCCUUGCAUGCUGUUUAUCCUCUCUACCAUG